AUGUUCGGCGGCUCACGGAAACCCUACUCGGCCAUCACGGUCCAGGUCGAUCGUUUGACGAGUGAGCAAUAUGAAGAAGACGACAUCAGUGGCAUCAUCGAAUUGGUAGAAGUCAUUCGCAUUCAAGAUUCAGGCCCGACAGAGGCUGCGAGAGCAAUUCGCAAAAAGCUACAAGUCCGAGCGCUUGUAAUUCUGGAUGGCUUGAUACAGAAUGCAGGAGGUCGCUUUCAGAGAGCGUUCGCGGACGAGCCCUUGCUCGAACGCUUACGCUUAAUCGCCCGUGACGAAGCAGUCGAUCCGCACGUUCGACAGAAGUGUAGAGUGUUGUUCACACAGUGGGCCAACGCUUACAAGGGCACUUCUGGACUGGACCGGAUUGCCAAUCUCUACAAAGAAUUUCCAAAAACUCAACGUCCGGCGGCUGCUCGCCAAAAGGUACUCAGGGAGACUGAACCACCUCUUGAAUCUCCAUUUGACGAGAGUCCGGCACGUUCACGAUCAAACUCGAAGACCACACCCUCAAACCCUGUGACACUUACGCCAACAUCCUCAAGCCUCUCUUCUAAGCUUUUCAAGGAUAAAAAGCGGUCGUCAUCAGGAAAACCGUUCAGUCUGUCGCGCGAAAAAGAGAACAUGACCAAUGCCAUUGCCAAAGCAUCGAUUGCAUCCACUAAUCUGCUAAAUGGUCUCCAGCUCAUCAACAGAGAGAAUGAGAGGAUUUCUGCGAACAUAGAGGUUGUGCGGAGAUUCGAGACCUGUAAAUCCUUGAGAAGACAGAUUCUUUACUACAUCCAGCAUGUCGAAUCUGAUGAGUGGAUUGGAAGCCUUGUCAAUGCCAAUGAUGAACUUGUCAAGGCUCUGACAGCAUACGAGAUCAUGGACAGAAGCAUCAGCGACGACAGUGACAGCGAUGCUUGGGAAGACAGCAAGCACGCAGUACCUUCAGGGUCGAGCAAAGUUCAAGAUCAAUUGGCAGGGCUAUCGCUGGACGAAGCUCCUCCUGCAAAACCACCAAGACCAUUUUCUAUCCCAAUGCCACCGAAGCGAGCACCGAUACCCCAGCCGGGAAAGGAGGAAGAGGAAGACGAUGAUGACCCAUUUGGCGAUUCGAAUGCAGUACAAACACCUUUCCAUGAGCCUAGUGGAUUAAGAUGGAAGGAAGUAUGA